GGUUUCCAUAGGAAAAAGCUGCUUCUCUGCUUCCCCAGCCCAGUGACUGUUUGGAAGUUAGAUCCCUACAUCCCGCUUUACUAGGUCAAGUCUCAGACCGGUUCCUGCCUAUCACUGCUGAGUGAACCAGCGGGCGCUGCUGGAGAGCAGGGAUCUCCUGUAGCAACUCAUAGGUUUGGGGACCUCUCGGGUCCCUUUUCACAAAGAUGGCCUGGCUUGGGAAUCCUGCUUCUUCCAGCAUCUUCUAAUUAUGGGACCAAGUUUUAGCGGCAGAUCUGAAGCAGGAGAUCCAGGCUGAUCGAGCUGUCCAGGACCGUGUUCUGCCUCUGAAGACCUCCAGCCGGUUGAGUCCAGCCCUCCCUGCGGUGAGCAUGCUGCUACUUCUGUCACUCCUGCUAGGGCUCCUGGGGCCAGGCAGUUUCUUAUUCCUUGCAGGGGACUGUCAGGAGGUGGCCACUCUCACGGUGAAAUUCCAAGUGACAGAGGAAGUGCCGUCUGGCACAGUGAUAGGGAAACUGUCCCAAGAACCGGGAGUGGAGGAGAGGCGUGGGAAGGCAGGAGAUGCCUUCCAGAUCCUGCAGCUGCCUCAGGCACUGCCUAUUCAGAUGAACUCGGAGGACGGCCUGCUCAGCACUUCCAGGCGGCUGGAUCGGGAGCAGCUAUGCCAGCAGCAAGAUCCCUGCCUGGUGUCCUUUGAUGUGCUUGCCACAGGAGCUUCGGCUCUGAUUCAUGUGGAGAUUCAGGUACUGGACAUCAACGACCACCAGCCAGAGUUUCCCAAGGGUGAACAGGAGCUGGAAAUCUCCGAGAGUGCCUCUCUGUACACACGAAUCCCCUUGGACAGAGCUCUUGACCAAGACACUGGUCCCAACAGCUUAUAUUCCUACUCCCUGUCUCCCAGUGAACACUUUGCCCUGGAUGUGAUCGUGGGGCCCGAUGAGACCAAACAUGCAGAGCUUGUGGUGGUGAAGGAGCUGGACAGGGAAGUCCACUCAUUUUUUGAUCUGGUGCUGACUGCCUCUGACAAUGGGAAUCCCCCUCAGACAGGCACCAGCAUGGUCAAGGUCAAUGUCCUGGAUUCCAAUGACAAUAGUCCCGUGUUUGCUGAGAGUUCACUGGCCCUAGAAAUCCCAGAAGACACUGCCCCUGGCACUCUUCUCAUAAACCUGACUGCUACAGACCCAGACCAAGGACCCAACGGGGAGGUAGAAUUCUUCUUUGGCAAGCACGUGUCCCCAGAGGUGAUGAACACCUUUGGUGUAGAUUCCAAGACAGGCCAGAUCAUUCUGCGCCAAAGCCUAGACUAUGAGAGGAAUCCUGCCUAUGAGGUGGAUGUCCAGGCAAGGGACCUGGGUCCCAAUUCCAUCCCAGGCCAUUGCAAAGUUCUUAUCAAAGUUCUGGAUGUCAACGACAAUGCUCCGAGCAUCCACAUCACAUGGGCCUCUCAGACGUCACUGGUGUCAGAAGAUCUUCCCAGGGACAGUUUCAUUGCUCUUGUCAGUGCGAAAGACUUGGACUCAGGGAACAAUGGUCUGGUCCACUGUUGGCUGAACCAAGAGCUGGGCCAUUUCAGGCUGAAAAGAACUAACGGCAACACAUACAUGCUGCUCACCAACACCACACUGGACAGAGAGCUGUGGUCCACAUACACUCUCACCGUGUUCGCCCAAGACCAAGGACCCCAGCCCUUAUCAGCUGAGAUGGAGCUGCGGAUUCAGGUCGGUGAUGUCAACGACAAUGCCCCCGUGUUCGAGAAGAGCCGGUAUGAGGUCUCCACUUGGGAAAACAACCCACCUUUUCUUCAUCUCAUCACCGUCAAAGCUCACGAUGCCGACUUGGGCAUUAAUGGAAAAGUGUCAUACCGUAUCAAGGACUCCCCCGUCUCUCACCUAGUAGCUAUUGACUCUGAGACAGGAGACGUCACUGCUCAGAAGUCACUGGACUAUGAACAGAUGGUGGGCUUUGAGUUCCAGGUGAUAGCCGAGGACAGGGGGCAACCCCAGCUUGCAUCCAGCAUCGCUGUGUGGGUUAGCCUCUUGGAUGCCAAUGAUAAUGCCCCAGAAGUGAUUCAUCCUGUGCUCAGUGAAGGCAAAGCCACCCUUUCAGUGCUUGUAAAUGCCUCCACGGGGCACCUUCUGUUGCCCAUCGAGAAUCCCAGUGGCUUGGAGCCAGCAGUGAGUGGUACACCAAUGGCUACCCACAGCCCCCGGUCUUUUCUUUUGGUGACGAUUGUGGCAAGAGAUGCAGACUCGGGGGCCAAUGGGGAGCUCCUCUACAGUAUUCGAAGUGGGAAUGAUGCUCAUCUUUUUGUCCUCAGCCCCUCCUUGGGGCAGCUAUUGAUUAAUGUCAUCAAUGCCAGCAGCCUCAUUGGGAGUCAGUGGGACCUGGGGAUAGUAGUAGAGGACCAGGGCAGCCCUUCCUUGCAGACUCAAGCUCUGUUAAGGGUUGUGUUUGUCACCAGUGUGGACCACCUAAGGGACUCUGCUCACGAACCUGGGGUCCUAAGCACACCAGCGCUGGCAAUGAUCUGCCUGGCUGUGCUGCUGGCCAUCUUUGGGUUGAUCUUGGCUCUGUUCAUGUCCAUCUGCCGGACGGAGAAAAAGGAUAACAGGGCCUACAACUGUCGUGAAGCUGAGUCCACGUACCGCCACCAGCCCAAGAGGCCCCAGAAACACAUUCAGAAGGCAGAUAUUCACCUGGUGCCCAUGCUCAGGGCCCAGGAGGACGAGGUUGAUGAAGUUAAAUCAUCUCAUAAAGAUACCAGUAAAGAGGCAUUGGUGGAGACAGGCUGGGACUCCUGCCUGCAGGCCCCCUUCCACCUCACACCAACCUUAUACAGGACCCUGCGUAACCAAGGCAACCAGGGAGCGCUGGCAGAGAGCCAGGAGGUACUGCAGGACACCUUCAACUUUCUUUUCAACCACCCCAGGCAGAGGAACGCCUCCCGAGAGAACCUAAGCCUUCCUGAGUCCCCACCUGCCCUGGGCCAGCCACACUCAAGGCCUUUGCAGCUGCCUGGCAGCCCCAUAGCGAGGCUGGCUGGAGACCAGGGCAGUAAGGAGGCCCCACAGAGCCCGCCAGCCUCCUCUGCAACCCUGAGACGACAGCGGAAUCUCAACGGCAAAGUGUCUCCUGAAGGACAACCUGGUCCUCACCAGAUUCUGAGGAGCCUGGUCCGGCUGUCCGUGGCUGCUUUCGCGGAACGGAACCCCGUGGAGGAGCUCGCUGGGGAUUCCCCUCCUGUGCAGCAAAUCUCCCAGCUGCUGUCCUUGCUGCAUCAGGGCCAAUUCCAGCCCAAACCAAACCACCGAGGAAAUAAAUACUCAGCCAAGCCCGGCGGCAGCAGGGCUCCCAUCCCAGACACAGAUGGCUCAGAUGGUCCAGGUGUCAGGCCUGGUGGCCAAGCGGAGCCCGACCUGGAAGAGGGUCCCCUAGGCCCCGAGGAGGAGAACCUUUCUGUGAAGCGACUUCUGGAAGAAGAGCUAUCGAGCCUGUUGGACCCCCAUACAGGUAGGGAUGCCCUGAGGUCACCCCUGUGCUGUCUCUGUGCCCAGCAUCCACCUGUACACCCAGGCUCCAGAGUUGUCCAAUCCACUGUGCAGAGGAGUAUGCCCAGGAUUUUAUUUUCCCUGCAGUCUCGGAAAGUGGUUAUCUAUCUGUUUGUUUAUUUAGUUCUGGUGGUGGGUUUAGUUGUUUAUGACAGGGUUUGA